CCUGGCUGGCGCAGGUCGGGGGCCAAUUUUGGCUGGGUGCAGAAGGUGGGGCGCAGGUGAUGAUGGAGGGGAAUGAGCGGCGGCUGCGGGGACGCUCUGGGAGCCGCUGAUCCUGGGGCUGGCAAAAGAGCACCCCGUCGCUGAUCCACCUGCUUCUCCACAGCCCGGUGAUGGCAGCUAUUCUCCUGACAGCAAGACCCAAGGUGCCGGUGUCUUUUGAGGACGUGUCUGUGUACUUCACAAAGUCAGAAUGGAAGCUUCUGGACCUCAGACAGAGGAUCCUCUACAAGCGGGUGAUGCUAGAGAACUAUAGCCAUUUGGUGUCACUAGGAUUUUCCUUCUCCAAGCCUCACCUGAUCUGCCAGCUGGAGCGAGGGGAGGGGCCCUGGGUAGCAGACAACCACAGAACAGGAGCGACCACCAGACUGCACACAGGUGACAGGAUAAGGAGCCACACAUCAAUUUCAAAGCAAACACACUCUCAAACAGAACUCCCAGGGGCUGCUGAGGGGGGUCAUGCAGCGAGGUUGCCUCUGCCACAGGGUAGUCCUGCCAGAGCCUUGCCACAGUGGAGCAAUGUUCAAGGCUGCAGGCAGAGUUCGCUCGGUCGGCAGCCGUGUACGACCGGCGCAGAGAAGCGCUACCUGUGCCAGCAAUGCGGGAAGUCCUUCAGCCGCAGCUCCAACCUCAUCAAACACCGGGUCAUCCAUAGCAGCGAGAAGCCCUAUGCCUGCCCAGACUGCGGGAAGCUGUUCCGGCGCAGCUUUGCGCUGUUGGAGCACGCACGCAUCCACAGCGGGGAGAAGCCAUUCGCCUGCCCCGAGUGCGGCAAGGCCUUCACUCGCAGCUCCAACCUCAUCAAGCACCAGGUUAUCCACAGCGGCGAGAAGCCGUUUGCUUGCGGCGACUGCGGGAAGCUAUUCCGGCGCAGCUUCGCACUACUGGAGCACGAGCGCAUCCACAGCGGCGAGCGGCCCUACGCGUGCCCGGAGUGUGGCAAGGCCUUCAGCCGCAGCUCCAACCUCAUCGAGCACCAGCGCACUCACAGCGGUGACAAGCCCUACACCUGUGGCCAGUGCGGCAAGGCCUUCAAGGGUGUGUCGCAGCUCAUCCACCACCAGCGCAGCCACAGUGGCGACAAGCCCUUCUCAUGCCGCGAGUGCGGCAAGGCCUUCCGCGGCCGCUCGGGCCUUAGCCAGCACCGCCAUGCGCACAGCGGCGAGCGGCCUUACGAGUGCAGCGACUGUGGCAAGGCCUUUGGCCGCCGGGCCAACCUCUUUAAGCACCAGGCUGUGCACGGCGCGGGCACCCGGAAUGCCGGCCGGCCCCGGGGCUCCAGCAGGAGCUCUACAGCAUCGGGAGGCCCUCCACAGGGAAGCAAUGCCGCCCAGCCUGGGCCGAGUGGCAGCUGACUCCCUGGCCUACCGCACAGGCCCUGGCGGGUGCAGCUGCAACACCAGAAGAACCAGGACGGAGCCUGCCUGUGCCUGGGGACCUGCCUCCCCAACCCCAUGUGCCUGUGGCGAGUGAGCGCAACCUGCUAGUCCCUGUGCUGCAGGCAGUGACCUGAGUUUACAGCGGAGAGGGCCCUUGCCGCCACAGACCUGUCGGUGUUCCCAGGUAAGGAACACUAAAAGCACUUUAGUCCUUCAGCACUUACUCUGCCCUCCUGAUGCGGGACGGGAAGGACUGGGCCAGCAGCUGCCUCUACAGGAGUCCUGACCGCCCACCUCAUCACCUCCUCAGGGGGGUUCUGGGGAAUGGCUGGCCCAGGCCCUACAGGCAGGACAGGACCUGGCAGUCUUCCACCCUGUUGUUCAUGCUCACUGCCAUCUACUCUGCUGGUUUCGUUCUCCCUACCCACCCACUGCCUUCUGCCCCCAAACCCCACCAGCAAAGGCCACCCUGGCCUAAAGCUUCAAAUCUGCCUGCUCUCUGCUCAGGCAGCCUCUCUGUGGGGCUGGUGACGAUUAGGAAGACGGGUUCAGAAUUUGCAAGACGGGUUCGGAAUUUGCACUCAGGCAGCCCUGUGUGGUGACAGAGCAUGCCAGCUGGCAUCGCCCAUUGACUUUUAAUAUGGAAGGUUCAGCUGCUUUGAAUGUUUUCCUAUUCAGGGCUAAAGUAAGUUGAAAUAGAGAUUUUUGCCAUAUGAGAGAUUACUGCCAUGAGAAUCACCCCCUAAUUAGGAAUCCCUUCAACCCUCAGAGAAGACCUCAGUAAGGAGAAAGGGGACCAUGCCAGGCCUGACACCUGCUGAGGGUGGUGGCAAGCCUGGCCCCUUUUCUCUGUGAUGACGCAAUCCAUCCCUCUGCCCAUCAGCCCUGUGGAGACAGGGUGGACCCUUCAAAUGUCACUUUAUUGAAAGCCAAGGGGAGUUCUCAAGGACAUUGUGGUGAGCCAGAGGCAGCUGCUGACAGGCCCUGUCCAGUUCCACCCAUCCUGUCCUCAGAGCUAGGCCCAAGACUUCUGCCCCUUGGUGCUCUUAGCCCAGCAGCCUGCUUGGCAGCAGCCACCUCCUUCCAGCCCUCUCCACUCCCGGGGGAGAAAGUGGCUUUGUCAUACACAACACCCAAGGGCAGGUAGGUGGUAGGCAGAUGGAGGCCAUCCUGAGGUCUCCAAGAGCUGUGCCUUCUCUACCAGAGGUGGGAGGGUCACAGACAGCUGCCUCCUAUUGGGAGAGUGUGGGAAAACCUGGGAAUACAGCAUUCCCUCUGAGGAUGCUGCUUAGAGCUCCAACCACUAGGGUAACUCCAGCAGUUUUGUGUAUACACACACGUGCACAUAUAUGUAUGUAAGUUUUAUGUGUGUGUGUAUGUCAUGGAAAGUUGCAGGGUUUUUGUAACUUGCUCAUCUUGUAGCCUCUUUCAGCAGUGCCUAGACUCCUGUCCUGUAAUUGCCUUCUUGUCUAUAAGCCUGUCAUGUCAUGUUCCGUCCCCAUGUCCUCUCUGUUAAGCCCAGUUCCAGUGCUUAGUAAGUAUGUGUGAAAUGAAUAUUGUACUCCUGGCACACUGAACUCAGACUCAGUACCAUAGUUUCUCUAGCUUUACCUGGGACCAAUCCAAAGUAUCUGCAACUUUGAGUUUUCCAGUAGAAAAAGAAGUAUUGGGAAUAGUGUGUUUGAAGUCCCUGUUGAGGUCAUUGGGAAGUUUGGGUUUUUCUAAAGCACAGAUAAUCCCUGGCAUGGCUUCAGGAAGCAGUCCCCCUACAGGGCAGGAGACUAUGUGCUUGGGCUUCAGUCCCGCAUUCUUCAACUGACCCAGGAAAGGAACAGAUUGUCACAGGCUGAUACCCAUCUCUGUCGCUUUGCUAAGUGAGUGCUCUAGUCCUGCCUGCCAGGUAGUCACCAGCUCCCACUGAAGAGAACUGUGUCUCACAGUAAGCACAUCCUUCCAUAGGUUCUAAUAUGUAAGCCAACUCCUAUUUUGAGCUAAGCUCCCUUUUUUCACCUUAGGAAUUGUGGUAUAGGACAACUAGAUGCAGGAAAGAAGAUGUACAGGCAUUUUCAGCAGAAAGUGCAUUUGCCAGGAGAGCUGCUGGACACUCGCACUCUGACUUUAGAAAAGUUCCAGGGUCCCCAGUGCUUGCCUAGGUAAAUUACAUAUGUCGGUGUACUUUUUUGUUCAUUGGUUCUGGGUCUGAUUUAGCUCCUCUUACUUAGAUUCACACUACAAGGUCAUUACUAGUGUCACAUGAAUACAUGGUAUUCAGGUAUGAACCAAAUGGGUUUUGCAUGGAAUAGGAGAGUGUCUAGAAAGGACACUUUGUUUUUCCUUCUACUGUGCCUUGAAAUUGGGCUCCCUCUCCCCUUGCUGUGUGGGGAACUGGGAUGAGGCCCACACUUGCUUUUUGAUGGACAGCCAGAAUGUAAAAGCUUAAAAUACCGGGAAAGUCCUUUCUGCUUUCCCCCUGCCAUAGGAACUCCCCUGAGAGUUCCCAUUUGCCCUUGGAAACUUUGGACCUUUCAAGAUCCAUUUAAAUGCUCUGGCAGUAUCUCCACAGUAACUGGUGCGUCAUCCUGACUGGAUUCAUUGUCAAAAGUGGAAUUGUUCCCAUUUACUUGGCUGGCAAACAAACAAGGAAAAUCUGCAAGUGUCUGGCCCUUGAAACAAACCCUCUAUUGCAGAGAAACUGUUAUGAGGAUUUAAACUUCCCAGAUAGGCAGCUGGGGUCAAGGUUGCAGGAAAGGCUAUUAGCACAGAAUUAUGCAAAAGAGCCCAGAGCUUGUACUUAGGUGUUCCUGCAAAGGUGAGACAGAAAGGCCCCAUGGGUGAGCUGCCUCAGUCUGCCCAAGGGUACAGGCUCCUCUGACUGGAAUCAUGGGCAGCCACCUGAGGCCAGGUGGACACCAUGACUCUGAGGCAUGGAAGGAAGGCUGGGCCUGAUCCCCACAUUCCUCAGCAAAGCACUAUACCAGUUUCCUGAGAAAUGUAGCCAUGACUUCCUUCCAGUUGUUCGUAUUGCCACACUUCAGGCAACAUAGCAGCAGCCACUUGGCCUUGUGGGUGCAAAGGGCAGCUCUGGAGAUAGGAAAGGGAGGUAGAGGGAGCUAGGGAGGUGGGGUGCUAUGAAGUGCUUGCGUUGAGAUGGGUGGAAGAAGGGCAUGUUUUAGGGGAACCUAGGAGGGUUUCUGUAGGACAGUGACAGGUUGAAUGGUCAAUUGGAACCAGUGUGUGGACAGCCUGGGAUGCCACAAACAAAAGUUUGGACUCUACCUGAUUCCUAAUGAAGAGCAAUUUUCCUAAACAUGAAAGAAUUAUUGUACAACCACCACAGAUUUUAUAUAUUUUAGCCAUCUGGAUGGUUAUGACAUCCCUGAGGUGUCAAUCUGUGGGUAUAGCUGGCUGGGUCCCCCAUGCAUGUGACAAGGGAUUGCUUUGACAUAAGGGGCCCCAUCUUCCUUUCUCAGGAGUUCCUACUUGGCCAUUGGUUUGCCUUAAGCAAGACCCAGUGUGUCUGUGACUUCACAGAGCAGGGGCCAUACAGGAUUCCUGGACAGCUUCAAGUUCAAGACCUUGGACACUGAAGAGGGGCACAGCAACUCCUUUUUGUGUUCAGGAGGGCCAAAAUUGGUCUUUCUCCACCACCUGGGAACAUACACAUAGAAAAUAAAGGCCUGUAGAUCUGGAGGUUCCUGUUGUUUAGCCUUUCUUUGACAGCUUUACGAAGGUAUAAUGGGCAUACAUUAAACUGCACAUCUUUCAAUUGUGACUAGAUGAGUUUUGACCUGUGUGUACAUAUGUGAAGCCAUCCCCCCACACAAGACAGUAGCCUUGUGGUUCCCCUGUCCCCACCCCACAAUUGCUGCUCUGCCUUCUGUCAGUAGAGAUUAAGUGUCAUUUUCUAGAGUUCUGUAUAAAUGGACUCACACAGUAUCUGUCUGGCCUCUUUCACGCGACAUAAUUAUUUUGAGAUUUAUCAGUUGUGUGUAUGUCAAUACUUCAUUUUUAUUGCUGGCAUUAUCCCAUUGUACGUAUGGACCACAAUACCUAACUACUUGUUGAUGAACAUUUGGGUUAUUUCCAGUUUGGGGCCAUAACA